GGUGGAACCUUUGUUUCGGGAGUUGUUGUGACAGGAUUGUAUUGGGUGUGAACUUCCGCCUACACCCAAUCGCGAAUCUGCAUGAAGAAGUUGGUACUCCGUGUCCCUUCUGCGGUCUACCGGUUUCUGUUCUUACAGGUGUGUCACGGUCAAACUGAGACGUCAUGGAAAGUGUUAUGCAGGAGCGUGGAUACAAAUUAAUACCCUUGCUUUACUCCACACGGGAUUUGACAAUCCACCAAUCCGGAGACCCAAAACUGCACUGUAGCUCUCAUGUUACUGCGGAAGCCGCUUCUUAUUGUCUCUGAAGUAGCCUGCAAAAAUCCGAUUGAAGACUAUACUACGUGACUUACAACAACACUGAAACAAACAAAAGAAAAUACACUCUGGAAUGCUGAGACACAGGAAGAUAAAGAUGGAAAUGGAAGAGGGCAAGGCUGACAAAGAUUGUAUAAUGACAAGACAGAUUAGGCCUGAAAUUAGUCAACUGGAUGAGUUGCAUACCAAACAGAUCAUCCAGCAUUGUAAUUGCUGAGCCCUACUUUUGUCCAUGUACAUCCAUUCAUCACGGCGGUACCCGUCCUCCCAAACGCAAAUGCCAUCUGUUUCUCAAGGUGUAUUUCUUCAUUCCAUUAGUUGGAGUUUAAAAUAUUCUUCAUAAUGCAAUUCCAAGACAAGUUAUAGUCAUGUGGAAAAUAUGGACACCCCAUUGUAUAGCUCUUCUACUGCUUAACCACACUAUCCAUGCACCUACUAUCUGUAUUUGUGUCAUAGUUAUAGAUCCAUCUCAGUGUGAUGUCACAGGGAGCCGAUGUUAGAAAAAACUAUCUGAAACGCAGCAUUCAGAUCCAUCCAACUUAGUUCACAGCUCACUUCCAAAUGUGCAGACCUCAUUAUCUGAAACUUUAGUUUAACACAAUAAUAAAACAUUCUAACAACAUUUAUAGGUCAGAAAAUUGGAAAAAGCAACAUAGGUCCCCUUUAAGUACUCUUUCCAUUGGUGAAGCUAUGCUAAAUGGUGACCGAUGGCGGUCGUCCCACUGGCUAGCUCCACAGUUCAGGUAGUUUAACACAAUAAUACAACAUUCUAACAACAUUUAUAGGUCAGAAAAUUGGAAAAAGCAACAUAGGUCCCCUUUAAGUACUCUUUCCAUUGGUGAAGCUAUGCUAAAUGGUGACCAAUGGCGGUCGUCCCACUGGCUAGCUCCACAGUUCAAGUAGUUUAACACAAUAAUACAACAUUAUAACAACAUUUAUAGGUCACAAAAUUGGAAAAAGCAACAUAGGUCCCCUUUAAGUACUCUUUCCAGUGGUGAAGCUACGCUACAUGGUGAAGCAAUGGCGGUCGUCCCACUGGCUAGCUCCACAUUUAAGGUAUCAACUGAUUGCCGCCCUCAAAGUUCAGCUCAGACAGUAUAAAUAUGAAUAGUUCAUGUUUAUAGUUGAGCAUUUCAAUUUCGAACCAAAAUGUGAUGAUAAAAUGAAUAUAAAAGUGAUGGAUGUCAUAGUUUUCUUUUAAAAACAAAGUCUUUAAUUUUCACUUUUCACCCAACAAAAACUGAGAUGAACUGAACUUUGAACGAGUGUGCGCAAUGCUUCAUGGGUAGUGUAGUGUAAAGCAAGUGGAGUACUUCAUAUGUGGCGCCGCCUGCUGGUAUAAUGUGGGCAGUUGAAGCAAGAGUGCGAGUAUGAUUACUUCCUCUUUUUUCUGUCGUCGCUGAUUUUGUUUGGAACUAUCUUUUCAUUAAAGUUAAAUUGCACUUCUGUGUGCGUUGUCUCCGGCAGCCUCGCGAUAAAUUCAAUGCAAACAUAUGACGUCACCAAAAUGCGGCCUCGUCGAAGUGACGCACACAAAUAAGACUUUUGACAUCAGCAUGUCACCUUUGACUUGUCUGCUUAUUCAUCGCAACGUCUCAAACAGACAACACAUCACACAACCGGCGUGCAUGUAAAGAAAAUACACAUAUUUAAAUAGUAGAUAAAAUAAAUAAAAACAUAUUUAGUGAGUUAGAAGUUGUCGGUGGGGCGAAUCAGGAAGUCGUCAUCCUCCUCUUCCACUUCCUUCUUCCGCAAACAAGUGCGCUCAGGCUCCCUGUUGAUGGCUUGACUGGAGCGGCGUUCCUCGACUUGGGUGUUCUGCUGCCUUCCUCCCCACACGUUCAUGUCUCACUGACCGCUGUCAUGACGGCCAACAGCCGUUGUUCCACGACGGAGCCUCCGGGUCUGGAGACCCAGCGACGGGAGAUCGAGUGUUUGCUGCGGGACUGUGAGCUCCGCGCCGGGGACAGUUGGUACGUGGUGGAGCAUCGCUGGUAUGAGCAGUGGAAAGAGUUUGUGGAAAGUGGCGACCAAAAUUCUUCAUUGUGUCCCGGUCAGAUUGACAACACUGAGCUGUUUGAAGAUCUGGACUCGUACCAUUUGAAGGAGCGCUUGGUGGAGAACGAGGACUUUAUCCUGGUUCCGGCUGAGGUGUGGCACAAACUUCUGGCAUGGUACGGAAUGGUGGAUGACCAGCCGCCCCUGGAGCGCAAGGUGGUGGACCUGCCCAGCACUCUCAAGGUGGAGGUUUACCCCGUGGAGAUCUUUCUCUGCCUCCAUAGCAACAUGGAGAACGUCACCACGGCGCAGUUUAGCCGCACAGACAACAUACAGUCUAUCCAGUUGGCGAUGUGCCGGGCCUUCUCGCUGCCUCAGUCGUCAGAGUGUCACCUGUGGAUGAAAAGCUCCGACAACAACUGUGAACGCCUCAGGAACGUCCAUAUGAGCGUGCUGGACGCCUGCCUCAGCUCAGGGAUGACGGUGAUUAUGGAGACGAGGAAUGCUGAUGGCACCUGGCCAAGCUCCAGACCUCAAAUCAUGAGAAACUCAGUGGAGGAUCAGGACUCGUAUCGAGGUCAGCCUGGCGUCUGUGGCCUCACCAACCUGGGCAACACCUGCUUUAUGAACUCCGCCCUGCAGUGCCUGAGCAACACUCCUCCACUGACGGAGUACUUCCUGCAGAGCUCCUACCUGGAGGAGCUCAACUUCUCCAACCCUCUGGGCAUGAAGGGCGAGAUUGCAGAGGCCUACGCCGACAUCAUCAAGCAGAUGUGGUCGGGCCGCCAUUACUCAGUGGUACCGCGCAUCUUCAAGACAAAAGUGGGUCAUUUUGCGUCUCAGUUCCUGGGCUACCAGCAACAUGACAGUCAGGAGCUGCUCUCCUUCCUGCUUGACGGCCUGCAUGAGGACCUCAACCGUGUGAAAAACAAAGAGUACAUCGAACUGAGAGAUGCGGACGGCCGACCCGAUCAGGAAGUGGCCGAGGAGGCGUGGCGGAACCACCGGCGGCGCAACGACUCCGUGAUCGUGGACACCUUCCACGGCCUCUUCAAGUCCACGCUCAUCUGCCCCGAGUGCCACAAGGUCUCCGUCACCUUUGACCCCUUCUGCUACCUGAGCAUCCCGCUUCCUGUUAGCAAGGAGCGGGUCAUGGAGGUCUUCUUUGUCUCGCUGGACCCGUACGCCAAGCCCAUGCAGCAUCGGGUUGUGGUUCCGAAGGGGGGCAAAGUGUCUGACCUCUGCUCAGCUCUGUCUGAGAUGACGGGCGUUCCUGCCACUCAGAUGGUGGUGGCCGAUUUGUUCAACCAUCGAUUUUAUAAAAUCUACACCGCCGACGAGUCGCUCAGCUGCAUUCUGGACCGGGACGACAUCUUUGUGUACGAGUGCGGCGUGCAGGACGACGAGCAGGUGCUGCUAGCGCUCUACCUACGGGAACGCUCCCACUACAGAGACUACGGCUCCGUCAACACCACGCUCUUUGGACACCCGCUGUUGCUCAACGUGCCGCGCAGCAGCUGCAGCCAGGAGGCGCUGUACCACCUCUUCCUGCAGAGACUGGCGCGCUACGUACGGGUGCCCGACCCCUCAGAGGAGCUAGAGGACGAUGAGGAUGACGACGAUGAUGAUGACGAUGAUGAUGAAGAAGAGGAACUGUACAAGACUCAGACCAACGGCAUCAGUGACGAUGAAGAGCAGGAGGACACGGAGCAGGCAGGCCCCUCCCACAGGGAGGCGUGCCGUGCAGACAGGUCGGCGAACGGCCACCAUGAGGGCGCCGCCCCUCCCUCAGAGUUCCAUCCUGAUCAUCCGCGGCCCCCCACGGAGGAGGGCGACGUCCACAACAACGCAUGUCCCGCCACCACAAAGCUCCUCUGCAGCGGUGACGCUGGCCCCAGUGACGGUCACAUGCACGCCCGCGGGGAGGCGAGCACGGCCAAUGAGGAAGGGGCGGCUGCAGCGGCGGCGGGAGCAGCAGCACCGCCAUCGUGCAGCGGCACCCAAGACGACGGGAAGCAGGAGGAGGCAUGUCCUCCCAGCCCGCCGGCCAGCGAGAAUGCAGCCGGUACGACGGCGUGUGGCAAGAAGAAGAAACGUCUCUUCACCAUCCAGGCCGUUAACUGUAACGGCACGGAGCGCGAGAUGGGCCCUGAUAUGUCCUUCAGCUCACAGCCGUACGUGGCCUUGGACUGGGACGCUGACAUGAAGAAGAAGUUCUACAAUGAAAACGAGGCUGAGAAGUACGUGAAGCACAGCAGCAUGGAUGUUCCUCAGCAGCAGACCACUGUGCAGUUGCAAGAGUGUAUCCAGCUCUUCACCACCGUGGAAACACUGGAGGAGGAGAACCCUUGGUACUGUCCCGUGUGUAAGAAGCACCAGCUGGCCACCAAGAAACUGGACCUGUGGUCUCUGCCGGAGAUCCUCAUCAUUCACUUGAAGAGGUUUUCAUACACAAAGUUCACCAGAGAGAAGCUGGACACCAUCGUCGACUUCCCCCUUAGGGACCUGGACUUCUCAGGCUGUCUCUUGAGGAAGACCGUGUCCAACGGGGAGCCGCCCAGCCGCUAUGACCUCAUUGCGGUGUCCAACCAUUAUGGAGGACUGCGAGACGGACACUACACCAGCUAUGCACGUAACAAGGACAACGGUCAGUGGUACUACUUUGACGACAGCAAAGUGACGUAUGCCAGAGAAGACCAGAUCAUGACCAACGCAGCCUACGUGUUGUUCUACCAUCGACAAGACAAGAUGAGAAAACCACCCCUCCCCGACCCCAGCACAAGCCCCGCCCCCUCCACACAUCCCUCCGCUGACGUCACGCUUUGCACAGACGACGCCGCCACUCUCACCAUGGAAACGGACUAAAGGAGCUAACGUGCGGUGAAGUAACUUUUCCCUGGUUUUAUUUUCUUUCUCUGAAAGAUUUUUAAUGUACGACACUGAGUGGGAGGAGCUUAACGGUUCAGCAGUUUUGAUUGGAGAAGUCUGGACUUUUAUGGACUGUCAACUUUUUCUUUCAUCUUUGGUUGGAAACAAAAAUUACUUUAGUAUCAUGUCACCUAAUUCCUUUGACAUGUUGACAUUUUAGUGGAUGGCAUCACGUGCGCACACGGCACCUGAAGGGGACGGCGUUUGCUUUUCCUUUGUGUAUAUUUUGCUUGUUCUGGUAUUUAUUGAAUGAGUUUGAAGGUCACACGGCCUCAUCAGGAUGCAUCAACACUUAUUUUCAUAUUUAACGACAAACAGACCAAAUGUUUGACAGCUGAUGGCGCUGCUGCUGCUAUACAGUAUUUUUCUACCAGAGCAAACUUCUUUUGGUCGUACUCUUUGUCAAAUAUCACCAGAUUUUAUAAGACUUUUCAAAUAAUUAAAAGAAUUCUUAUGAUCCAGAAA